AUGAUAAUAUGUGAUGUGGAAGCCAUAGAGGAUGGGGACACUGUAGAGCUCCUCAGACGGGACAAGUACCACGCUGGCUCGAUAUACUGCAUGUCGUGGUCACCAGAGAGCAUGGUCUUGGUCACUGGUUCCAACGACCAGAGCUUACAGGUCAUGUUCUUUGAUCAUGGUCUGACACUCGACAACGCCCGAGAGCGCAGAUGGUAUCCACAAGCAGGGACUAUUCGAACGGUCUGCGCGGCGAGUUUGACAACUUUCCUCAGUGGUUCGAGUAAUGAGCACUGUGUUAGAGUGUGGGACGUGGACAGAGAUAGUAGUAAGGCUACGUUGGGUGGUCCGAGAUGGACAGAUGCUAUGCCUGGCAAUGCUCUGUCUCUUAGCUGUGGCCACCAGGAUGAUGGAGUACUUGUUGCCGUUGGCUCAUCUGGUGGAGGAGUCUCUAUCUGGUCUAAUGUGCUCCUCGUAACGCAUCCGCAGAGUUGCCGUAACUCUCUGCUAUAG